AUGCAAGCUUACUCCAGCAACAAUGCACACCCCAUAUUCAGCAUGAGGGACCAGGUGACCAUGGCACUCUUGGAAGCUCUGGGGCACAUCUGGGUCCUGAUCAAGAUGGUGCCACAGCCAGAAGAGAGUUUGGAUAUGAUCUACAUGUGGGUGGAGGACUGGGACAAGACUUGGGCUGGCAUUCACUCAUGGUGGAAAUACAUUGAUGACAACAGGAUUACUGUACUGAAGGUUCAUGAUGAGUGCAUGCACAACUACACUGAGGAAUCUGUGAUGUGCCAAAACAUUCUAGUCCUGGGUGCCAUUGCCAUUGCUGACCUCUGGCACCCAGUGGAACAGAGACAGAUCCACAUAGAUGACAUCUUCAAAGACUACCAGGAGAGGAUAGAGUUGAGGGUGCAGCUCAAGGUGGAGAGGUUGACAAGGGAACCUUCAAUGUGCAAGGGGAAGGGUAAGGAAAAGGUACAUCCUACCCUCCAGGAAACUCUGAGUGUGACAGUUAACAUUCAGAAAAUUCUGCAGGCCACAGACAAAGUUGAUGAGCUGGAGAACAAUGAAGGUGAAUGCCCACCUAACCCUGACCCAUUGAAAACUGGUGCUCUGGCACCCAAAGCCAACCUUCCAUGCAGGGAGCAGGCCAAGUGGAAGUGCAGCUGGUUGCUCAGAGUGGGUAGGAAGUGCAAGAAUGCUGGUAGUAGAGAGAUGGCUGCUGGGCCAUCGCAUAAAUGGACCAAGCAAAACUCUGAACCAACUCCUGAGCACCCAAUACCUCAUGCUAGUCCCCUUCAACCUCAAACAUGCCUCCUCCUCCUGCACCUCAACCUCCUCUCUUCCUUUCAUCAGCAACUCCUGCACCUCAACCUCGCCCUGAGCCAACACCACCACAUAUGGACAAACUGGGAGACCUCAGUGACAGUGGACUCUUUAGCAGACUGA